CUUAUAACACUCAUAUGGCACAUGGCACUACACAUAUUUUAAAAAUAUACUUUGGAUUUUAUAAUUCUGGUAAAGAGAGCACGGUGUAAGAUAGGUAUCCGUGAAGUUAUGUGUAGUACUUACAAGUUAAUAUUGUAGUAAGUACGCGUUUUUAUGCAGUUGAGCAGUGAUGAGCACUCGUACGACUACGUUUUUAUGUAGAUAGAUGUCGUGACCGGGCUUCCGUAGUAAUAAAUAAAAUGCAUGUGGUGAUUUGUGGCGAGUCAACUUAACGAAUGUGGAAAGCAAGUGCAUGAAAGAGGCCGGAAAGAUGCUGUUGUUUAUUUUGUCGUGAUUCUUGUAUUGAAUAAUAUUUUAAUAAUACGUAUGUAGGAUGAGGCCCUUGAUCUCACCUUUUUCUCUUUUCAAAUGUUACACUCGGCGAUGCAAAACACUCAUAAAUAUCAAGCGAAACCCUCGAUUAUUGCACACAACGUCCGGUGUAUUUCACGGGGAUUACGAGUGGCAAGAUCCAAAGUCAGAGGAGGAAGUAGUUAAUGUUGUGUACAUCGAUAAAAAUGGUAAGAAGAUACCCGUUAAGGGUAAAAUUGGGGAUAAUGUAUUGUACUUGGCACAUAGGUACAACAUAGAAAUGGAAGGAGCUUGUGAAGCUUCUCUGGCUUGCACCACGUGUCACGUUUAUGUUGAUUACAAUUAUUUGGACAAGUUGCCCCAAGCUGCGGAAAAAGAAGAGGAUCUCCUAGAUAUGGCUCCGUUUCUGAAAGAGAAUUCGAGAUUAGGUUGUCAAGUUAUUUUAACAAGAGAGUUGGAUGGCAUAGAACUCCGAUUGCCUCAAAUAACCAGGAACUUUUAUGUUGAUGGACACACACCAGCUCCACACUAAGUGCAUUGUCUCCCAAUACAAAGAAUUGAAAUAUUUUGUAUUCAACAAAUGACGAUGGAUUUGCUAACUUUCAGGGAAAAACAAUUCACUUGUAAAUGUGAUCAUUUACAUUACUAUGUAGUAAUAUAUUUAGUUUAUCUAUACUAAAAAAAUAUACUAUAUUUUUCUCAUAUAAUUGGACUGUCUAUUUUUACAAUUACAUAAAAUAUUUUGGUUUUUAUUCACUAGAUUGUAAAGGAGAACAAUUUUUCACGUCAAGAAACAGCAAUAAAUAACUCAUACUUUUUUUUUUAA